UUCAAUUCUUCAGUUAGUGUCAGUGUUCAGUCUAUAUUCUGUAUAUGUGUUGCAUAGCAGCCCCUACUACCAUAAAAAAUGAAGAUCAUAAAUUUGCAAUGAUGUUUUCCAUAAAUAAUUUUCUUUUUUAAAUAAUUUAUUUUUUUAUUGUGCUUUGUCUACGUGUGCUAUCGAAAUUUAUCAUCCCAUCAAAAAUUGGCAACAUAUAGAGACACCUUUGACACUGCAGCAAAAUUAUUCGGUGCAAUAAGAUUAAUUGAGAAGCUGAAAAAUGUUGAAGAAAACAAAGACUAUAAUUGUUGGAGCAGGUGCAGCUGGUAUUGCAGCUGCCUCAAAAUUAUUACAGAAAGGAAUGAACGAUUUUGUGAUACUGGAAGCUAACAAUAGAAUUGGUGGCAGAGUACAUACUGUGGACUUUGGUGAAAAUGUGGUGGACCUUGGAGCUCAAUGGGUUCAUGGUGAAUCUGGAAAUGUAAUAUUUGAGUUGGCUUCCAAGCAUAAUUUGUUGGGCUCAUUUAUAAAUUUCUUUGAUCCCACCAAACAUAAUUUUGUCACCAGCAGUGGUGAAAUGAUACCUAAGGACGAAAGCAACGAAGCUGUGAUAAUUUUUUUCAAUAUUACAAAUAAUGUACAGGAAGAACUCAAAGAGGAAACAGGAUCUUUUGGGAAUUAUUUUAUAAAAGAAUAUUAUAAAAUUUUUAACGAGAAGCCUUUUGCAAGUCGUGCUCGAGCUGCCGAAUAUUUAUCUUGGAUGGAAAAGAUGGAAAAUUCUAUAGAAUGUAGCGAUACGUGGUUUGAUACUUCCGCGAAACGUUUGAGCGAAUACUGGGAAUGCGAAGGAAACUCCUUGCUGAAUUGGAAAGAGCGUGGUUACAAAACGCUCUUUGAUCUAUUAUUGGAAAAGAUUCCAAAGGCAGAAGAAUGUUUACCAGUCAUGGAGAAAAUAGAGUUUGAAAAAGUUGUGACAACUAUCAACUAUAGUUCUGGCGAGGAUGUUAUAGUGACCACAAGAGACGGAUGCGAGUAUUUUGCAUCACAUGUUAUAUUCACUGGAUCUCUGGGUGUUUUGAAAGAGAAACAUUCUACGAUGUUCGUGCCUCCUCUAUCGCAGAAAAAACAAUGCGCGAUAGAGGGAUUAAAUAUCGGAACAGCAAAUAAGGUUUUCCUUGAAUUUCCGCAUAGAUGGUGGACAGAGGAUAUCGCCAGUUUUAAUAUUAUUUGGUCAGAAGAAGACAAAAAGGAAUUCCUGAAAACUUGUGGUCAAAGUAACGAAUGGCUUUGCGAUGUGUUUUCGCUAUUUACUGUAAUUUACCAGCCUAAUAUUUUAUGCGCCUGGAUUGUCGGGAAAAAUGCGAGACACAUGGAAACCUUAUCGGACGUUGACGUGUUCGAUGGAUUGUAUCUAUUGUUAAAAAGAUCGCUCGGAAAACAUUAUGAUGUUGUAAAGCCAACAAAAAUGUUAAGAUCCAAAUGGUACACUAAUGAACAUUUUCGUGGCUCAUAUACUUUUCAAAGCACAGCUUCCGAACAAAUGGACGUAAGACCGAAAGAUUUGGCCGAACCAAUCUUGAUGGAUGGAAAUAAACCUGUAAUUCUUUUUGCUGGAGAAGCUACACAUGAUCAUUAUUAUUCUACCGUGCAUGGUGCGGUGGAAACUGGUUUUCGCGAAGCAGAUCGACUAAUUACCUAUGAAAGAAUGCGCAAUGAUUUAGACCAACUGGUUAACAACUUCAAUGAAGCGGUGCAAAUAGAUGCUAAAAAAACAGAGAGGACGAGAGUUGUUAUAGUAGGUGCGGGGAUUGCAGGAUUGGCAGCGGCAAAGACUUUAGAGGAUGCAAAAUUCACGGAUUAUCUUCUCCUCGAAGCCCAAGAUGUAGUUGGAGGAAGAAUUCAUUCUGUUCCAUGGAAUAACGAUUGGAUAGAUUGCGGAGCUCAAUUCUUGCACGGCGACAAGAGCAAAUUAGCGCAAUAUUGUUUCGACAAUAAUUUACUGUCAAACAUUCAAGGCACAGAUGGCGAAGGUAUCUUUUUGCGCGACGACGGAACGAUAAUGAGCGAGAACUUGAUUCGCGAGAUCGACGAUUUUUUACGAACCGUAUCUGAUGAUAUCUGCGAAUACCGAUGGCCUUUAAAAAAAUACGAGACCAUCGGUUCAAUCAUGAGAUGUAGGUUCGAAGAAUAUUUACGCGAAAGAAACGAUCCUUUGACGCGGAAAAAGAUGGAAGAGAUAUUCGAUUGGAAUGUACGGUUUCUUCUGGUAGAUAACUGCUGCCAUUCGUUGGACGAUUUAUCAGCGAGUCUGUGGGGCAAAUUUAAGUAUGUUGGUGGACCGGAACAUUUGCUCUUCAAGUCUGGCUACAGCUCUUUAACGAAACUUCUCAUCAAGAAUCUAAGUGAGGAAAAGAUACGAUUAGCCACUCCCGUGGAGACCAUUGAUUGGCGGGAUUCUGUCGAGUCUCGGAAGGAUUCUCUGGUCAUCGUGACGACUUCCAAAGGAACGCAGAUUAUCGCCGACGCUGUUAUAAUUACCUGUUCACUCGGCUAUUUGAAAGAAAAUUAUCGAAAUAUGUUUCAGCCGCCAUUACCAAAUCGUCUGAGCGUAGCUAUAGAGAAUCUCGGUUUCGGAACGAUUAACAAAAUCUUUUUAGACUUUGGUGAACCUUGGUGGCAAGCCGACGUGAAAGGUUUCCAAUUACUCUGGCAUAGGGACAAUUACCGAUCCUUGCCAGAAUGGACCAAAGAUAUCACGGGAUUCGAUGUCCUGCCAACUAAUCCGGCCACUCUCAUAGUGUGGGUCGGCGGGCGAGGAGCGCGUAUCAUCGAGGAUUUAUCGGAGUGGACAAUCGCACAGGAUUGCACAAAUUUGUUGAUGCAUUAUUUACGAUGUCAUGAUAUACCGCCAGUGAGGAAAUGCGUCAGAACGAAAUGGUACGGAAAUAAAUAUGUGAGAGGUGGCUAUAGUCAUAUUACAAAGAGAUGUGAGGAGGACGAUGUUUCGCCUAGGACGUUAGCCGAACCUGUUUGGAUAACAAUAUCGCAGAAUAAUACGAAGAAGAAUUUACCAGUCAUACUUUUUGCCGGCGAAGCCACGCACGAUGAUUUCUACUCGACAACACACGGAGCUUAUGAGACAGGAAUCCAUCAAGCCAAAAUAUUUUUGGAACACCACACGAAUACAAAUUAAAAUAUCUUAUGUAAAUAUACGAAUACGUCAAUAAUAAAACAUUUUAAUACCUAUUACACAUA